AAAUCUGCGCUCAGUGUGGCUUUUCGUGGCAGCUGAGGCUAGUUAAGGUCUGAGGGUCUUGUGUGGACAAGGCGCUGAUCAUUAGGUUCUUCGCUUGGUCGCCUCUUACUUCUCGGCUGGCGAUGGCGACGUACACUUGCAUAACUUGCCGGGUGGCGUUCCGCGACGCGGAGAUGCAGCGGGCCCACUACAAGACGGACUGGCAUCGCUACAACCUGCGGCGAAAAGUGGCCAACAUGGCCCCGGUCACCGCCGAGGGCUUCCAGGAGCGAGUGCGGGCGCAGCGGGCCGUGGCGGAGCAGGAGAGCAAGGGCUCCGCCACCUACUGCACCGUUUGCAGUAAGAAGUUUGCCUCUUUCAACGCCUACGAAAACCACCUCAAGUCCCGGCGGCACGUUGAGCUGGAAAAGAAGGCCGUGCAGGCCGUGAAUCGGAAAGUAGAGAUGAUGAAUGAAAAGAACUUGGAGAAAGGACUGAGCGUGGACAAUGUCGACAAGGAUGCCAUGAACGCGGCCAUCCAGCAGGCCAUCAAGGCUCAGCCGUCUAUGUCUCCCAAGAAGACGCCCCCGGCGCCUACAGAGGAGUCCACGAGUUCUGUGGCCGUGGCUGCUGGUGGCCGUGUGACUCACGACCGAGACCCCACCGAGAAACCGCCCCGGCUUCAGUGGUUUGAACAGCAAGCGAAGAAGUUGGCGAAGCAGCAGGAGGAGGACAGUGAGGACGAGGAGGACCUGGAUGAAGACGAUUGGGAAGAUAUUGAUUCUGAUGAAGAAUUGGAAUGUGAGGAUACUGAAGCAGUGGAGGAGCAGGAGGCAGAGGAGGAAAAGGCUGGAGAAAGCCCACCCCUUGGAGCCAUCCCUGUAACGGACUGCUUAUUUUGUUCCCAUCAUUCAAGCUCACUUGUGAAGAACGUGGCUCAUAUGACAAAAGUCCACAGCUUCUUUAUUCCUGAUAUAGAAUAUCUUUCAGAUCUUAAGGGACUGAUUAAAUACUUAGGAGAGAAAGUUGGUGUUGGGAAGAUUUGCCUGUGGUGCAAUGAGAAAGGGAAAUCCUUUUACUCCACAGAGGCUGUACAGGCACACAUGAAUGACAAAAGCCACUGUAAGCUCUUCACAGAUGGCGAUGCUGCUUUGGAAUUUGCAGAUUUCUAUGAUUUUAGGAGUAGCUACCCAGAUCACAAGGAAGGGGAGGAUGCCACUGAGUCUGAGGAGUUGCCCUCAGAAAAGAACUUGGAAUAUAACGAUGAAACCAUGGAGCUGAUUCUGCCUUCUGGUGCCAGAGUGGGUCAUCGUUCCUUGAUGAGAUACUACAAACAGCGAUUUGGCUUGUCAAGAGCUGUGGCAGUUGCUAAAAACCGGAAGGCUGUGGGCCGUGUACUUCAGCAGUACAGAGCCCUGGGAUGGACAGGCAGCACGGGAGCGGCUCUUAUGCGAGAACGAGACAUGCAGUAUGUCCAAAGGAUGAAAUCAAAGUGGAUGCUGAAGACAGGAAUGAAGAAUAAUGCCACCAAGCAGAUGCACUUUAGGGUCCAAGUGAGAUUCUGAGAGUCUGCGGCACUGAGUGAUCAACCUCCUGCUCCAGUUUCCUCCUUGCCUGAGGAAGGCAAGUGCCAGUGAAGGCCAGAUUGUAUGAUGGGCCCUUUUGCUGCUCCUCCAUUCGUUCUGACCUAAUAAUAAAAGUCAGAAUCAU